AUGGCAAACAUCUUACGAUCAGGAGCUAGAGUUGCCUUCACCAACAGUCAGGUGGUACCGGCGACGUGUAGUGUGGCAUCAACCAGCAGGACGGAAGAGUCGAUGAAUGAUCACAUCAACACUCUCUGUAAACAGAGGUUUUACAGGGAAGCACUGGAAGCUUUUGAUCUCUCACACAAGAACUCAAGCUUCAAGAUAAGUUUAAAGACCUAUGUUUCUUUAAUCUGUGCUUGCUCUUCCUCGAGAUCUCUGGCGCAAGGCAGGAAGAUACACGAUCACAUAUUGAGAUCCAACUGCAAGCAUGAUACUAUUCUCAAUAAUCACAUUCUGUCUAUGUAUGGGAAAUGCGGCUCGCUGAGGGAUGCUAGGCAAGUCUUUGACUCUAUGCCUCAGAGGAAUUUGGUCUCUUACACAUCUGUGAUUACUGGAUAUUCGCACAACGGUCAGGAAGCCGAGGCGAUCAAACUGUACCUGAGAAUGCUUCGGGAAGAUUUAGUUCCUGACCAGUACUCGUUUGGAAGUAUCAUCAAAGCAUGUGCUGGUGCUGGUGAUGUUGUGUUAGGGAAGCAACUUCACGCUCAAGUCAUUAAGUUGGAACCUAUCUCUCACCUUGUUGCUCAGAAUGCUCUUGUUUCCAUGUAUGUCAGCUUCAAUCAGAUAUCAGACGCAAGCAGAGUGUUCUCUGGUAUUCCAACGAAGGAUAUAAUCUCGUGGGGUUCCAUCAUUGCAGGGUUCUCGCAGCUUGGUUACGAGUUGGAGGCUCUGAGCUACUUAAAAGAAAUGUUGUCUUAUGGAUUUUUCCAGCCAAAUGAAUAUAUAUUUGGUAGCUCUCUGAAAGCUUGUAGCAGUCUCCUUCGACCAGACUAUGGAAGCCAAAUACAUGUUUUAUGCAUUAAGUCUGGCUUCUCUGGAGACGCGUUUGCAGGAUGCUCGCUCUGUGACAUGUAUGCAAGAUGUGGCUUUCUUAGCUCUGCGAGGAGAGUGUUUCAUCAGAUAGAGAGACCUGAUACAGCGUCAUGGAACGUGAUCAUCGCUGGACUUGCAAAUCACGGCUACGCUGAUGAAGCUGUAUCGUUCUUCUCUCAGAUGAGGAACUCUGGUUUUGUUGUUCCUGAUGCUAUCUCCUUGCGUUCUUUGCUUUGUGCUCAGACGAACCCAACGGCUCUGCGUCAAGGCAUGCAGAUUCACUCUUUCGUUAUCAAGUACGGUUUUCUGUCAGAUCUUUCGGUUUGCAACUCUCUUCUCACCAUGUACAACUACUGCUGCUCGGACGACUUGUAUCGUUGCUUUAGGAUGUUCGAAGACUUCAGACACAACAAGGCGGAUUCUGUUUCUUGGAACGCUGUUCUGGCGGCGUGUCUGCAACACGAACAGCCAGCGGAGAUGUUGAGAUUGUUCAAGAUGAUGCUCCUCUCUGAAUGUGAGCCGGAUCACAUAACCAUGGGGAAUCUGUUGCGUGGCUGUGUGGAAAUCUCAUCUCUGAAACUGGGAAGUCAAGUCCAUUGCUACAACUUGAAAACCGGGUUGGUUCAUGAAAAGUUUAUAACAAACGGUCUGAUUGAUAUGUAUGCCAAAUGUGGAUCACUGGGGCAAGCGAGAAGGGUUUUUGAUGCAAUGGAUAACAACCGAGACGUAGUUUCUUGGAGCAGUUUGAUAGUUGGAUAUGCACAGUCUGGAUUUGGAGAGGAAGCUCUCGUAUUGUUCAAGGAAAUGAAAAGUUCAGGGAUAGAGCCAAAUCAUGUAACAUUUGUUGGUGUUUUAACCGCAUGCAGUCAUGUUGGGCUAGUAGAAGAAGGCUUGAAGAUGUAUGCAAUUAUGCAAACCGAAUACGGGAUUACGCCAACGAAAGAGCACUGCUCUUGCAUGGUCGACUUACUAGCUCGUGCAGGCCAUUUAGCCGAAGCAGAGAAGUUCAUCGACGAAAUGAAGUUGGAACCUGAUGUGGUAGUGUGGAAGACUCUGCUCUCUGCAUGUAGAACACAGGGAAACGUUGAUCUCGCUCAAAAAGCUGCUGAAAAUAUUCUGAGGAUUGAUCCUUGUAACUCUACAGCUCAUGUAUUGCUCAGUGGCAUGUAUGCUUCUGCUGGAAACUGGGAAGAUGCAGCGUUGUUGAGGAGCUCGAUGAAGAAGCAUGAUGUUAAAAAGGUUCCGGGACAGAGCUGGAUUGAAGUUGAGGAUAAAGUUCAUGUAUUCUUUGCUGAAGAUGUUCUUCAUCCAGAGAGGGAUGAUAUAUAUACAGUCUUGCACAAUGUUUGGUUGCAGAUGGUAGAUGAGUGUAAACCGCAGCACAAGAAAAGAGUACUCCAAUUUCUCGAUGAGACCGGAUUAACAAACUUGCAAGUGUGA